CCGAGUUGAUAAGUCUACUAUGAGCUUAAAACUGCAUCCUACAAGGCAUCAUAAUGUAAAGAUUAAAAUUAAUGAAGUCAAACUGAAACAAUUGAUUUAGUUACAUCAAAUUAAUAUUACAACUUUACGACGUUGUAAGUGAUUUCAUAAGACUUAUAUUUUUAAAAACACUUAAAACGACGCUAAACUAUUAUGUGGAUAUCAAUCAAGUGGUUCCACUUUGAUAAGAGUUGCGAUAAAAUAAUCCAAAAUACAUCUCAGUCCAGCUCAGGUGCACGAUGAAGCUACAUCUUUUGUUGAUCGUGCUCGCCACGGCGUCGGCGCACUACCACGCCAGGAUUGGGGUGCCCGCCGCCGCCCGUAUAUGGCAGCUGGAGAACGGCGGUGAGACCAGAAUAACAGGCGGGUUACCCUCCUACAGAAGUUUGCAUCCGUUCUUCGCCGGCUUACUUAUCGCGCUGCCCAUGAAUUUAACAUCCGUCUGCGGUUCGACGCUCCUGACCGACACCAAACUUAUAACGGCGGGUCACUGCUGGAACGACGGCGAGAGACAGGCCAUCCUGUUCGAAGUCGUCCUGGCCUCCGUGCGGCUGUUCACCGGCGGGACCAGAAUAAUCACCGCCGACGUCGUCCCGCACGAGGCUUACGUGCCCGAGACGAUAUACAACGACAUCGCGAUGAUCACCGUGCCGCCCGUCCAAUUCAGCGAACUCAUCAGGCCGAUAAGUUUACCCGUGGAAAACCUGUUCAGUUCUCACGAGGGUCGCGUCGCGACUGUGGUGGGUUACGGAAAAACGGGUGAUGCGAGUGAAAUUACGGGAAGCCAGAGCCUGAGGUUCGCUUUCGUAACUGUGAAACCUAAAGAGGAGUGCGCGAUAUAUGGGAAUUUAUUCGGGGCGUCGAUGAUUUGCACGAAUGGCAUAUACGGCGGGUCCUGCGGAGGGGACUCCGGCGGGCCGCUGUUCAUUUCGGAGCGUUCUGGGGAGAAGUACCUCAUCGGCGUCGUGUCGUAUGGCUCGGCUUACGGCUGCGAGGCGGGCCACCCUACAGUGUUCACGCGAAUCAGUUCGUUUAUUGACUGGAUAUACGAUAAAAUUUGUUAUUGAUAGUAUCAAUACUAUUCCAUUGAUUAAAUUAUACAAAUUAAUUGCUUUUAAGAAUAAUCAAAUAAUUAUUGGCGUAAAAAUAUUGUUUUUAAUAAUACAUUGAGAGUAUAAAAUAAGUUGUACUCAAAUUAUCAUUUUUUAUACCUGAUUUUUUUGAUGUAUUACAACAGAGUAUUUGUGUUGAUUGAUUUACAAUGAUUGAAUAACUAUUUCUAUUUAUCAAAUAAAUUGUUAUGCUUUAUCUAUUUUGUUAAAAAUAUUACAACACAUCCGUAAACUGGUGCUGUUUAGCAAACAUUUCUUUAUAUUGUAGUUUCAAGAUAAUUAUUACUUUCUACUGUUUAAAACUUAAAUAUACUGCUCCAUUGGCUUAUCAUUAUUUUCUCCAAAUGUGUAUGAGAUUCACAUCUCACCACAAUUCUGGAGUUGUAAUACUUACCACUACUUCUUCAGGUACCAUAC